AUGCAUUCUUAUGACAGUGUUCUAUGUAUUAUCUAUGUGCUUCUGAUUAUAAUUGGAACAUUUGGGAAUGGUUUCCUGCUUUUUUCAUCUGGAUGUAAUAUAAUCACCAAUCAAAGAACGAGACCCAUUGAAUUGAUUUUCUUCAAUUUGGCCUUUUCCAACAUCAUGUUAAUUCUUUUGAGGGGAAUUCCAUGGUCAGUCCAAUUUUGCAUCCAGAAAUUUUUCCUGGGUGACAUUGAUUGUAAAAUCACACUUUAUCUGCAAAGAGUAUUCCGAAGUAUUUCUCUUUGUACUACCUGCCUUCUCAGUGUCUUUCAGGGCAUUGCCAUCAGUUCUCACAACCCUAUAUGCACAGAGCUGAAAGCCAGAUUCCCAAAGAAUAUUGUCUCAUUUUCUGUUGGCAUAUUUGUACUCAAUCUGUUGAUAGAUGGAAUUGUGCCUCUCUAUGUGAGGGGCUCUAAGUAUAACACCAAGAGUAAUCUGAGUGGAGACAUAGGAUAUUGUUCUAUAGAUAGGUAUGCCUUGACUACCUCAAAAUUUAUAAUCUUGAAGUCACUUUAUGAUGCAGUGUUUAUGGGAUUCAUGACCAUUGCAAGUGGCUACAUGGUGCUUGUUUUGUACAGACAUCACUGGCAAGUGCACCACAUUCAUAAUGCCAACUAUAACUCCAGUACCUCCCCAGAGACUAGAGCUACCAAAAUCAUCCUUUUGCUAAUGAGCUCAUUUAUUUGCUUUUAUUCACUUAGUUCCAUUUUUAUUAUUGUGAUGGAUAAUUCCAAAGACACAAACCUAUGGUUAAUUCAUUCUUCUGUUGUUUUUUCUUUAUGUUACCCAACAAUCAGUCCCUUUCUUUUAAUCAGUAGUGAUUCCCAGAUUCCCAAUUUUUAUUAUGCUUUCAAAAUGAUGAAAAAGUCUAAUCAAAGUCUGAGAAAAACAAACAAGCAAAUCAAAAAUUUGUGUUGA